CCCGCCCCCCCUGUGGGCCGAGCCGCGCGCCUGCGCAAUGAGGCAGGUCCUGUCUGAGCCGCGCGUGGAGCGGGCGUAGAGCUCAGAACCAGACGGAGGAUGACGGAGGGCACGUGCCUGCGGCGCAGAGGUGGCCCCUACAAGACCACUCCGGCCACUGACCUGCGGCACUGGCGACUGUCCAAUGUGAUGGGCCGACAGACCUGGACCUACUACCCGGAUGAGGAGGCGGCCGGCCGUGCACAGUCAGCACUUGAGGCGCAUUCUCUGGGGCUGGACACAAGCAGUUACUUUAAGGACUUCCCCAAAGCCCACACAGCCUGGGAUGCUGCUCUGAACGGGAUGACAUUUUACCAGGAGCUUCAGGCAGAGGAUGGACACUGGACAGGGGACUAUGGAGGCCCACUCUUCCUCCUGCCAGGUCUUCUGAUCACGUGCCAUGUGGCACACAUCCCUCUGCCAAAUGGAUAUAGAGAAGAAAUAAUACGCUACCUGCGGUCGGUGCAACUCCCUGAUGGUGGCUGGGGCCUGCAUAUUGAAGACAAGUCUACGGUGUUUGGGACUGCACUAAACUACGUAUCUCUGAGAAUUCUGGGUAUUGGGCCUGAUGAUCCUGACCUGGUGCGAGCCCGGAACACUCUCCACAGGAAAGGUGGAGCUGUGUUCAUCCCCUCUUGGGGGAAGUUCUGGCUGGCUGUCCUUAAUGUUUAUCGCUGGGAAGGCCUCAACACCCUGUUCCCAGAGAUGUGGCUCUUUCCUGACUGGGCCCCUGCGCACCCCUCCACUCUCUGGUGCCACUGCCGGCAGGUCUACCUGCCCAUGAGCUACUGCUAUGCCAUACGGCUAACCGCCAAGGAAGAGGACCCACUGGUCCAGAGCCUCCGCCAGGAGCUCUAUGUGGAGGACUACGCCAGCAUUGACUGGCCAGCGCACAGGGACAGUGUGGCCGCAGAUGACCUGUACACGCCGCACAGCUGGCUGCUACGAGUGGUUUAUGCACUCCUCAACCUGUAUGAACGUCACCACAGCACCAGCCUGCGGCAGCGGGCCAUCCAGAAGCUGUACGAGCACAUCCAGGCAGAUGACCGCUUCACCAAGUGCAUCAGCAUCGGCCCGAUCUCCAAGACCAUCAAUAUGCUGGUGCGCUGGUCUGUAGACGGGCCCACCUCCUCCAGCUUCCAGGAGCAUGUGUCCAGAAUCCCUGACUAUCUCUGGUUGGGCCUUGACGGCAUGAAGAUGCAGGGCACCAAUGGCUCACAGAUCUGGGACACUGCAUUUGCCAUCCAGGCCCUGCUCGAGGCCAAGGCGGAGCUCAGGCCGGAAUUUUGGCCCUGCCUGCAGAAGGCCCACGAGUACCUCCGCACUUCACAGGUCCCAGACAACCCUGAGAACUACCAGAAGUACUACCGCCAGAUGUGCAAGGGUGGCUUCUCCUUCAGCACUGUGGACUGUGGUUGGAUUGUCUCCGACUGCACAGCUGAGGCCCUCAAGUCUGUCCUCCUGCUGCAGGAAAAGUGUCCCUUUAUCACCCAGCACGUCCCCCGAGAGCGACUGUAUGACGCUGUUGCUGUGUUGCUGAGCAUGAGGAAUCCUGAUGGCGGCUUUGCCACGUAUGAGAGGAAGCGUGGAGGUUAUCUGCUGGAGCUGCUUAACCCCUCCGAAGUCUUUGGUGACAUCAUGAUCGACUACACCUAUGUGGAGUGCACCUCGGCCGUGAUGCAAGCACUGAAACACUUCCACAAGCAGUUUCCAGAGCACAGGGCCAGGGAGGUCAGGGAGACACUGGAACAGGGCCUGGAGUUCUGCCGCAGAAAGCAGAGGGCAGACGGCUCCUGGGAAGGCUCCUGGGGGGUGUGUUUCACCUACGGCACCUGGUUUGGGCUGGAGGCCUUCGCCUGCAUGGGCCACACUUACCACGACGGGACCGCCUGUGCCGAGGUCUCCCGUGCCUGUGACUUCCUGCUGUCCUGGCAGAUGGAGGAUGGGGGUUGGGGGGAGGACUUUGAGUCCUGCGAGCAGCGGCGUUACGUGCAGAGCACCCAGUCCCAGGUCCACAACACGGCCUGGGCCCUCAUGGGGCUGAUGGCCGUCAGGCACCCUGACAUAGCCGUUCUGGAGAGAGGAGUCCAGAGUCUGCUGAGGAAACAGCUUCCCAAUGGUGAUUGGCCGCAGGAAAAUAUCCCUGGGGUCUUCAACAAGUCCUGCGCCAUCAGCUACACCAGCUACAGGAACGUCUUCCCCAUUUGGGCACUGGGCCGCUUCUCCCAUCUGCACCCCGACAACACCCUCGCUGGCCACCCCUGAGCACAGCUGGGUGCCGUGGGGAGUCUGAGCUGUGGGUGUCAGGCUGAUUCAGGGAGGGUGCGGCAUCUCAGGCCUCCAGGGCAGACGGGAGGCCCUCAGCUGGGUGGGCAUUGGGUGCUAUGGGUGUUAGGGUGUCAGUCAAGCUCAGGGAAGGUGGGGCAUCUCAGGCCCAGGGCAGACCCCCAUGGCCUCUGUAGGCUGUGGUGCAGGGGAGGCCCUCAGCUGGCUGGGCUGGGACACCUGGUGCUAUUCUGAGAGUCACUGAGACUCAGUCCUUGCUGUAGCUACAGUGCUGGGAGGGGUGACCGAGUUCUCAGAGGAGUCUCUGUCUUCCCCAUCCUGCCUGGCUCUCACACCUCUGGGUCUCCCUGUGAGUAGGCGGCAGCUUCUCCAGCAGUCUAGCGGGUGAGGGUGGCCACAUGAGGCCCACAUCCGGCUGCCAUGUCCUAGGGUGACACAGGCCCAGGCCUGAUGCUCACCCUGGAGUGCCACCCCUCCUACCACCAGAGUUCAUCGUCAUUUGUGGGUACAGAAAUGCACUUGGGACAUCAGUGACAGAGGCCGUGGGGCUGUUGGAUGGGUGGCCACUAUGGGGAGCAUUGCCGUGUGCCAGGGCCAGCUGACCAGCCCAGCCCCUGCCCCCUCUUGGCUGCCACCAACCCUCAGGCCCAUUUGUGCUCUGAGCUGAGUGGAGGCCCUGAGGUGACCUCUGGGUUAUCCUCUGGAGUCUCAGCCUGCCCACUGUGUUGGGUGUGGAUGUGGGGUCCGGCGUGGACAGUCGGAUCCCGAGUUUGCCCCCACCCCCACACGCCAGCUCCCUUGGAUUAAGCCCCCCACCCGCCCGCCUACCCACUUACCCUCAGCCUUUGUACCAUGCGGCCUUGUUCUCUGGCUCACCUCUGAGCUGCCCCCCCACCCCCCCAGGUGUUGCUCCUGGCUGUGGAGGGUGCUCACCUCAGUGGGUGCCACUGAGAGCCAGCACUCUGCCCAGUAUUUUUAUAAACUGGGUUUGUUUGGA